AUGGCUUCGUCACUAUUCCAUAUCAUUGUUAACAUCUUGGCACUUCACGCCAUCGUAGCCAAUGCCGGCCAGGUCUUCCCGCGGGCCUGCACGCGCACCGUCAACGCCAAGAGCGGCGAUUCCUGCGCGACGCUGUCGAGGGCAGCUGGGAUCACGGUGGCGCAGUUCAUCAACUACAACCCGUCUGUCACCAGCUGCGGAGGCCUAGUCCCAGGGAAGGCGUACUGCGUUGCCUCGGACGGCAGCGAGGCCAGCUCACCGCCCGCACAGACAUCUCCAUCGCUGAGCAUCACCAAGGACGGCCAGUGCGGCAAGGGUGUCACCUGCGCCGGCUCAACCUACGGAGACUGCUGCUCAGAGCACGGCUGGUGCGGAGACUCCGAGGACCACUGCGGCCCCGGCCAAGGUGACCGCCACGACCCUGACCACGACGAAGACGGCAAAGGUGACUGCCACGACGCUAACAAAGACGGCCAAGACGACCGUCACGCCCUCGCGGUGCAUCUGGCCGAUAGUGGAAACCGAGACGGAGACGGUGACGUCGACGAGCACGCUGCUCAAGAGCGCCGUGACGACACUGACCAGCCUGACUAUCAAGACCUCAACGAUCAACGAGGUCAAGACGAUCACGACGGCGGCGACCAGCAUCCUGUUCCAGACGAUCCGGAUAACCUCGAUCGAGACCUCGACAUUGACCCUGACCGAACGAGCGUGCCCAACAUGGGGCCGUCCUCCCAGCAAUACGGUCGUGAUAUUCCCGUCACCGACUCAGGAAGGGCUGAUCAGGACAUUGCCACCACCCAGAUGACUCUAAUGACUGACAUCAACAACCAUGACGUAGGCAAGGAAUUCUACAAGGUCAAGCAGGGCGACUAUUGCGACAAGAUUGUCGAGAUGUAUGGCACUUUUAACAUUGUGGAUUUGUAA